AUGGUACCAAUGGGGAAAGUGGUAGCAACAGUUACGUUUGGGGACGAAUCAGCACCAGUCGAGGCAACAAUUUUAGAGGGUAUCCAGAUAAGUGACACAAGGGACAAAGCUACCCUUCUGAAAACUGACGCAGACAAGACAGGAUCAGAAAAAUCAUUUAACCAUACCUACCAGAAACAAGGAACGUUUUCCGUUAGUGUUACCCUUAAGUCUCAAACAGAUGUUGUUAUUCUUAAUGCCACUGCUAAUAUCUGGGCUGGUUUAAAAGACAUCAAGAUUGAAUCAAAGUUACAUCAUGUCACAGUUAAUGAAUCUGUUAAUUUUUUGUUGGCCGGCGAUCCAGAAUUUGGAUUCAAGUAUCAAAUUGUGUAUGGGGAUGGAAACAUUGAUAGCAAAACUGAUGACUCGUUGUAUGACACAUACAAACCCCCUCAGCUGUCUCACACAUACAUAGAAGCAGGAACGUACAACGUUUCCUUCAGGGCUUAUAACACACUAUCCGACUCCAAUUCGACCGUCCAGGUUCAAGUGUGGCAUCCGAUCCCAGCCAUCAGACUCAAGCCUGAAUUUAAAACAGUCACUAAAGUUGAGGGGACGGUUGCAUUCAAUCUUGAAGUGGGUGAUGGUAACAUCCCACCUGAAACACAGUGUUCGUUUGUUUUUGAAAAAGGAACUGAAGGAAAACAAAGAGCUCUUGAGAGAAGCAUUAGCAUUGAAAACAAUUUCACAAACCCUGGCAAUUUCACUGUCUUUGUCAAAUGCUCUAACAAGGCCAAUGAGAAGAAUGCGACAUCAUACAUUACUGUGCUUGAUUUUACUGUUGAAAACUUUCAUCUGAUCAGCGAAAGACUAUGGCCUAUGAACGUCUCAGAAGCAACAUCUGUCUCAUUCACAAUUGCAUUGUUCAAGAUGCAAGAUCCACCACCAGGAGUUACGGCAACAUGGGACUUUGGAGAUGGUUCUCCUGUAGUUGCAUCUACUCUGAAGAAAUGGGAGACCAGUCAUGAAUAUCAAAGUAGAGGGCUAUACAAUGGCUCUGUGGUUAUAACACAUAACAAGCGUAACGCUACACAUAACUUCAGUGUACUCUUGGGUUUGAUAAGCUUGAAUGUCGAUAGGUAUAUGGGUUUCUUGAAUGAAAAACAAUUUAAUUUCUCAAUGCAGUCGCAGAGCUCACUUAACUUCAAAUAUAAAAUUGCGUUUGGGGAUGAAAAUGAAUUGGAGAUGAAUUCAUCCUCAGUCUUUCAUAUCUAUAAAUCUCCCGGUGUUUAUAAGCCGUAUGUGAUAGGGUGGAAUGACACCGUGUGUGAAUUGUUUAAUCUUGGAAGGGAAAUCAAAGUAGACAGUCGUCUUACAGACAGACUUGAACUGCAACAUGUGGACCACGCGUACUUCCCACCAGGGAAUAUGAAUCUAACAAUAAUAACUACUUCUAACAACCAGGGUCUAUCUGACAUCACCUGUCAGAUUAGCUACGGAGAUGACAUCGAUAAAGAGGUCUACAAUUUCACAGGAAAUAUUUCAAGAACAAACCCCAAAGUGCUCAGUUAUGGAUAUAAAACUCUAGGUAUUCACAACAUAACAGUCAACUGUUCAAAUAUGCUCGACAACAUAGUUCUGUCAAGUAAGAUAAAGAUAAUCAACCAUUGCUUCUCAACGGAGGGUAUUUUCGACAGACAGUAUUCUAACCCUAGCACCCCAAUGAUGGCAUUCACACAUCUUUCGGUAAAAAUUCGAGGUCGACUAGCCAUACCCUGCUACGACAAGGGACCGGACUUUUACUGGGACAUUUAUGAAUAUUUUUCCAGCAAGAAUAAGUCAUACGUACCGAUCACUCAACCUUAUUCCGAUUUUAUCCAGUUGGAGCAGGGGACACUGAAAGCUUCACUAUAUGAAAUACAACUCAAUAUAAGUUUUACGCUUCUACACAACAAUUGGUUCGUUGAGACAACGUAUCUGCGAUACAGGGACCCACAGUUAAUAUCGGGUAUAAAUGGCGGUACACUGCGAGUAAUCACGCAGAAAGAUCUUACCGUCGACGCGGCGGGACUAUCGUAUGACCCAAUCGUUGGAAUGGGGGACGUCACUGGCCUGGAGUUUGUCUGGAGUUGCUACGCCGUCGACAGCAAGUCAGUGAAGGAGAUAGAGGCAAAACAAAAUUCAUCAACUCCAGUCAAGUGCAACACUAUAACGAUGCCCGUAAAGACAGGGGUUCUUCUUUUCAGAGGAAGCAAACAGGACGCAAAAGGGUUCGCGUUUGAUGUGGUUGUCAAGAAAGGGAAAAGAUCAUCGUACCCUUCUCGUCAACUGAUACAGAUCUUAGAGGAUGCUCCAAUAAUGAAAAUAAGAUGUGUGAUCAACUGUGAGAUGAAGAAAGCCGUGUCUUCCGAGUUGUCUGUUGAGUCGAUGUGCGAGUCAUGUAGUGAAGUACAGAAAUCACAGGCCACCUACACGUGGACCCUGAAGUCCCAGGCACCUGGAAGUCAGGUCUUCACACCAGUACCUAACUAUUCAGAAAUGUUCAAGGACACAGGUAAGAACCCUGCUUCAAUAGUGUUGAAGAGUAACACGAUGACCCCAGGCAAGCUCUACCGUUUGGAGUUGGAAGUUGAAGUUAAGGGCAUGAAAAACAAAGGGUUUUCCUCCCUUGAUCUGCUGGCCAACAUUCCACCACGAGGGGGCACCUGUGACAUUCAUCCAAAAGAAGGCUAUGCUCUGGAAACUCAGUUUGUUGUAACGUGUUCUGGAUGGAAGGAUGAGGGGUAUCGGAUGACCCGGGGAAAUAGGGAUGAUCUUGAGGAACCCAAGGAAUACACAUAUGGACUACGGAAGGAUGACUUCUACUUCCUACUUUACGAUAAAACUGGAGCGGCCUCUCCCAAAAUGAAAAUGCCGAUGGCCCCCGACACCGAGGAUACUGCCUACAUUGUUGAAGUGAAGGUACUCGAUGUCAUGAAGGACUUCACGCUGGUGAAGCUACCAAUUAAGCUCAAUCCUCCACAGACAGUCACGGCUCUGAUGGAUAUGACAAACUUGAAUCCAACUGAAGGGGGUGGUGGGGGCUUUGGAUUAGGUUCUCUUGAUAGCUUAGACUUUGGUGGAACAAACAGUUUGGAGGGGCUAGCGGACAUUAGCAUGAGUGAUUUUGGGCUUGAUGAAGGAGAUGGAGACCUGGGUGGUCUUGGCGAUGUGUUGAGUGACCUGGGGAACAUAGCUGGGGCAAGUGAUACAGGGGGUGGAACAGGGAUUGCGGCUGUUGGGUUAGGACCUGGGGAUCCAUCUCAGGGAACUGGGAUGCUUGGAAUGGGGUUUGGUCAAGGCAUAGACUUUGGUCAAAGUACUGGUCAGGGCAUGGGCGCAGGGCAGGGUGUAGUUGGAGGGCAAGGUAUGGGCGGAGGGCAAGGUAUGGGUGGAGGGCAAGGUCAAGGUAUGGGUGGAGGGCAAGGUCAAGGUAUGGGUGGAGGGCGGGGUAUGGGCGGAGGGCAAGGUAUGGGCGGAGGGCAAGGUAUGGGUAGAGGACAAGGUAUGGGCGGAGGGCAAGGUAUGGGUGGAGGGCAAGGUAUGGGCGGAGGGCAAGUAUGGGUGGAGGGCAAGGUAUGGGCGGAGGGCAAGGUAUGGGUGAGGGGCAAGGUAUGGCUGGGGGUCAAGGUAUGGGCGGAGGGCAAGUUCAAGGUAUGGGUGGAGGGCAAGGUAUGGGCGGAGGGCAAGGUAUGGGUGAGGGGCAAGGUAUGGCUGGGGGUCAAGGUAUGGGCGGAGGGCAAGUUCAAGGUAUGGGUGGAGGGCAAGGUAUGGGCGGAGGGCAAGGUAUGGGUGAGGGGCAAGGUAUGGCUGGGGGUCAAGGUAUGGGCGGAGGGCAAGUUCAAGGUAUGGGUGGAGGGCAAGGUAUGGGUGGAGGGCAAGGUAUGGGUGGGGGCCAAGGUAUGGGUGGAGGGCAAGUUCAAGGUAUGGGUGGAGGGCAAGGUAUGGGCGGAGGGCAAGGUAUGGGUGGAGGGCAAGGUCAAGGUAUGGGUGGAGGGCAAGGUAUGGGUGGAGGGCAAGGUCAAGGUAUGGGCGGAGGGCAAGGUAUGGUCGGAGGGCAAGGUAUGGGUGGGGGGCAAGGUGUGGGUGGGGGUCAAGGUGGGGGGAAAGGUAUGGGUGGAGGUCAAGGUAUUGGUGGAGGGCAAGUUAUGGGCGGAGGGCAAGGUAUGGGCGGAGGGCAAGGUAUGGGCGGAGGCCAAGGUAUGGGCGGAGGGCAAGGUAUGGGCGAAGGCCAAGGUGUGGGUGGAGGGCAAGGUAGGGGCGGAGGCCAAGGUAUGGGUGGAAGGCAAGGUUUGGGCGGAAAUCAGGUUAUGGGUGGAAGUCAAGGUAGUGGCAGAAAUCAAGGUUUGGGUACAGGGCAAGGUUUGGGCGGAAAUCAAGCUAUGGGUGGAAAUCAAGGUUUUGGUGGAAAUCAAGCUAUGGGUGGAAAUCAAGGCUUUGGUGGAAACCAAGGUAUGGGUGGAAAUCAAGGUUUGGGUGGAAAUCAAGGUAGGGGUGGAAAUGAAGGGUUUGGUGGAAAUCAAGGUAGGGGUGGAAAUCAAGGUAUGGGGGGAAAUCAAGGUUUUGGUGGAAAUCAAGGUAUGGGUGGAAAUCAAGGUUUGGAUGGAAAUCAAGCUAUGGGUGGAGGUCAAGGUUUGGGUGGAAAUCAAGGUGUGGGUGGAAAUCAGGGUAGGGGUGGAAAUCAAGGAAUGA